CCGUGGGAAUCGAACCCACAACCCUGGCAUUACAAGCGCCAUGCUCUACCAAUUGAGCUACAGGAGGCUGGGGAUGGAUGGAAUAUCAAUCCAGAACCUCUCAGCCAGGUCACACAUCUCUGCCGUUCCAACAGAUAGAUCAAUCUUUUGAUUCAUAUGGCCAUUUUGGUUGGUUUAGUUGAAUUGAUAAUCAUUCAAUCGAGAUGCUAAAGAUUCCUUUACUAUGGAAGGUCUUUAUCUCCACCCCUAAUGUUAUUGGAGUUGCAUUUAUUGCAUUUCAAUACACUUGCAUUUUCAGUUACCCAUGUAUUACUCACUACUUGUAAACCAUGUUGGUGCCAGUGUAUUCUAUGGCUGCCAUGAGUACAUGCCUUUCGCUGUCUCCUCAGUCUGGAAGGGUGACUCGGCUGAUAGAGAGAAAUUAUGAUGAGGUGAUCUCGUCCUCCAACUCCGAUGACUUUUCCAUCGACUCCUUUACUGACUGUGAAUCUGAGUGUGAUGAUGAGGAUCAUGAAAGGAGGACACCACUGCUGAAAGUUAAGGAUGAGGAGGAUGGAAAGGUGGCAAAGCUUGAAGUGAGGGAUAUGGUAGAGGACGACGAUCUGUCUCUCCACUCCUUCGAUGAGUCAGACUUCCUGCGUGAUGAUGGCAAUGAUGCCUCUACUGACGACUUUCCAGAGCCUCCAAAGGAACCACAAGUUCCACUGAAGGACCAUCAACUGGUAGGCGUCUCUUACAUUUGUUUGUGUUUGUGUGUUAUGUGUGUCACAUCUCAAUGGUUUGACCCUUUGUCUGUACAGAUUAUUGUGGCCAAGCACAACAUCCCCCUCCCUGCCUCUGUGAGUGCCCUGAAGAAGGCGUCACGCCAGAUGGAGGUGGUCCCCACUGUCCGGCCCUGCAGGGAGCAGCUGGACAAGAACACACCAUGGACCAACACCAACAAGGAGAGCCUGAGGAGGAUCGAAGAAAACCUGACCUCCAUAGUGCUCAACCUAGAGGAAGGCCUGAAGAAUGUCAAUGAUGGUCAGGAUAUCAACCAAGAGAGGCAGAAGAAGAAUGAGGGAUGCUGUAGAGGAUGGAUUGCGAAGUGGAUGGGGUGGAGGAAGAAGGAGAGACUCAGCAAUGAAGACGUGGAUAGGGAGGUCAAAAGGAGGAUGGGCGAGGAGGUGAGGGCACUGAUCCAAGUGACGAAGAGAAACUGCAGGAAAGGUGAUCUUAAGGCAGUAGACCUGAACAAUUGGCUGAAUGACUUGGAGAGGUUGAAAGUGGCAUUCAAGAAAUGCACUGGAGAGAUGGCCGAAAUGAUAGACAGCAUGGCAGAAAUGCAAACCAGCAUAGCCAAGAACAGGCUCCUCAAGCCUGAAAAAAAUAACUAUGUCCAGAGCUUUAGCCCAGGGAAGGUCUCUGGUCCUGUGUCUGGCAAGACUGGCCUCUCUCCUCUUGUGACCUCAGCACCACGGACCCUGGCUGAAGCCCUACGGGCCCUUCCCUCUGCUAUGGCCCCUCCCUCCCCAGAGAAUGUCCCAAUGCCUCUGACUCCUCUCAGCCCUGUCAUUAUCGCUCUGCCAGCUACAGAGAACUUCCUAUACCGCCGCAGCCCUCGCCUGGCCCCCAUCACCAACCUGAGUGAGACUGGCAGGAAGCUGCUCCAAGAAAUGGCGCAGGAAAUGGCAGGAGUGGCCCCACACGUGAGAGGAAAUACAAGAAGGGAAUCUUGUCCGUAUGUCCUUCUACAGUAUAGCAUAUCUCUAGAUAUAGUAGCUCAAGAGAAGAGAAAACCCAUAAGCUUACAUUACUUUUUCUCCUUGUCCAAAAUAUUCAGGAAGGGAAGAUCAAUAAGAAAAGAAGGGCAAGGCCAAAAAACGAGUGAAGCAAGAGAAGGCCAAUAAGAUGCAACAGAUGGAAAAUGUUGGAGAAAGUAAGGAGGAGGACAA